UUUCCACCUCAUCUUCCGCUCCUGUCAGAUGUACGGAGCCACUAUUUUCAAACCGUACUCUGUGAGGUGUUUUAUUACUUCGUCAUUGAAUCUUUGACUGUGUACACGGGAAUCAAGGGGUGUGUUACUGUCGGUUGGAGAUUACGGGCCGAGUUUGAAAGAGAGGAAAAAACAGGGAUUUGUAGGCUGCAGGCAUGAUUUACAGGAAAGAAAGGUGACAAAGGAGUUGACGACGUCUGUAGAAUGAGACAUAGGAUCUGCAUGGCAUCUGAUUUCUUCUACCCGAACAUGGGAGGAGUGGAGGAACACAUUUACAACCUGUCACAGUGUCUCAUUGCUCGCGGGCACAAAGUGAUUGUUCUAACCCACUCUUACGGUAAUCGUAAAGGUGUCAGAUACAUGACAAAUGGACUCAAGGUUUUCUACCUGCCAGUGCGCGUCUUCUAUAACCAGUGUGUGCUGCCGACAAUGGUCGCCUCGCUGCCUCUUAUACGCUACAUCCUGCUGCGCGAGAGAAUUUCCGUCGUGCACGGCCACUCUGCAUUCUCGACGCUCGCUCACGAGGCCAUGAUCAUUGGCAGGCUACUCGGCAUAAAGUCGGUGUUCACAGACCACUCACUGUUUGGCUUUGCCGAUACAUCUGCCGUUAUCACCAACAAGUUCCUGGAGUUGUCAUUGGCAGCCUGUGAUCACUGCAUAUGUGUCUCCCACACUGGGAAGGAGAACACCGUUCUCCGAGCCAAGGUGCAACACAACCGUGUUUCGGUGAUCCCCAAUGCUGUCGACAUGACAGUUUUUGUGCCAAAGCCAAAGUCGGAGAACAACAGUGCAGAUAGGAUAACAAUUGUCAUUGUGAGCCGACUAGUGUACCGAAAAGGAGUGGACCUCAUGGCGCAGAUCGUCCCAGAAAUCUGUUCCAGGCACUCUGAUGUGGACUUCCUGGUGGUAGGCGACGGGCCGAAGCGGUGGCUGGUGGAGGAGACGCGGGAGCGGCACUCGCUGCAGGAGCGCGUGACGCUGGUGGGCAGCCUGCCCCACGACCGCGUGCGCGACGCGCUGGUGGAGGGCCAGAUCUUCCUAAACACGAGCCUCACCGAAGCCUACUGCAUGGCCAUCGUGGAGGCUGCCGCCUGCGGGUUGCUGGUUGUCAGCACCAGAGUGGGAGGAAUACCAGAGGUACUCCCACCUGAUCUGAUCUACCUCACAGAACCCACUGUGCCAGCUCUCCUGGAAGGCCUGGAGGCAGCUCUGUCGGACCUGAGGAGCGGUCGGGGCCCGGACCCCUGGAAGCUGCACGCCCGCGUCUCUGCGCUGUACAGCUGGCCCGACGUGACGCGGCGCACCGAGAAGGUGUACCGCACAGUCGCCAGUUCCCCUACGCACACAUUGGGGCACCACAUGAGAAGUUACGCUGCCAGCGGCGUGUGGCCCUUCCUGCUGGUGAUCUCGCUGUGCCACCUCGUCCUGCAGCUGCUUGACUGGCUGGUGCCACGACAGUACAUAGACACUGCUCGAGACUACACCAACCCCGGAAGAGGAAACUGCGCAGCUGGUGACCAGUGGCAAUGGAAGCCGCAGGUGCGCAAGAAGAAGCCCGCGUGAUAUGCCGGCUGCGUCCUGUCGUCGCCGAAGGUGAACGGCCUGUCGAGGCUGAAGGUAUUGUCGGUGAUAUGUGGCAGCAGACCGUACACACGAGAAGAGGGGGGGGAAGGUCCUGUGAUGAGUCGACAGCUUGUACUUUCUGCCUUCAACAGUUCUGCCUGGUGCAUAACGGUGGAUAUGCAAUUUGGAUCCACUAGUUGCAAAUGUGCAAAAAGCUAUUAGCUUGUGGACAGCUGCGUAGUGUUUUGAUGUAAUGUAAUGUUAAUGUUGUGAUACAUUCCUAGUCACAAGAGCUCAACUAUUUUGGUAUGCCUGUUUUGUUCAGACAUGCAUCAAAGUACAAAAAUAAUUUAGUUACAUAUAUCUCCUCUCUCUCUCUCUUAUAAAUUGUGUGUGUGUGUGUGUGUGUGUGUGUGUGUGUGUGUGUGCGUGCGUGCGUGCGUGCGUGCGUGCGUGCGCGCGCGUGCGCCAACCAAUAUUUUUUUCCACAAACCUGUCCUAACCAAAAUGGCGUUGUCAACCAAUACCACAGCAUAUAAAGUGUUCUGUGUUCAGAAGUUUCAGAAAAAGAAUGCAGAACCAACCAACCUUUUUAGACAUGACUGUGCAGUCAACUACCCCUCUCUUGGCUGUAGCUCCUAUGAACUUUAAACAUUACAACUGUGGUUCUGCCACGAUUAUUGUGACCCAUUGUCAAAAAUUGUUUUGUUUCACGCAACUGGCCUCUUUUUGCUAUAGGUGCCAAUUUUGAGUGAUAAGAAGCUGGCCUGUUUUCUCAGCUUAUCACCUGAAGAUGGCCUCUUAAUUCUGAAACUGGUCAGUUAUCAUGUGCCAUUGAAUUGUAACAUCUGAUAAAUUUUUGACCCCAGCAGAACCAUUAAUUUAACCCUUAAGAAAUCAAAUUCAUUUUCAGGCUACAUCUUUUUAAAAUGUUGGAUUAUUAUUUCACUCGCUAAAUGUAUUAAAAUGAAAAAGGUCGUGGAGAUUCAUUAGGAGGCCUUAUUCCAUAUAAGUAUGUUAACUUUACACACAAAAUACCCACAAAGGAAUGGUUGUUGCUUGAAGAGCCAAGCUGAACUACUAAUAACCUACAACCUAUAAUAGCAGAGACAGUGGAAACUUCAGAGGUUAACAUAUUUACAGAUUUGGGGUGUGAGGUAUCACUUAUCUCACGCAUUUUUUAACUCUACAGAAUAAACAGCACUUACCGUUAUUGCCAGUGACUGGAGUAUACAUAAUCGGGAUAACUGGAACAAAAGUAACUUGUAAAAUACGAAACUUGAGUGAACUGUAGUAUUGGGCAUACGUUAUUUUGUCAAGCACUAUUAGUAGUAGAGAAUAUUAAUAGAGAUGUACUGUUUGGUUUAGAUUGGUUGUUAAUUUAAAGUCAUCUUAAACUUUGAUGAACAUCAUCUUUGUUACGGUAGAGAGGACACUAGAUGCUGGACGCCAUUUGUAACAAAUCGCCUCAUAGAGGAACAAACAAACAGUGUGUCAGUGUCUACGAUUAACAGCUACGUUUCCGACUUAGUGGUAGUGUGAAUCUGGGUUAUUCCAGUUUAUUCCCCCAAACCACCUUCCACUUCUUUACGAGGUGAUUUACUUGGAAUUUGCAGCCACUCUUCUUUACUGGAUAGCCAGCUGCUGGAAACCCUCUUGACUUAUUCUCAAUCGAAUAAUGCUAGGUACAGACAUUUUUAGACUUUCUACUUAUGAAAUAAGUAGACAUGCAAACUUUGCUUUUCAUCGGUUAACGAUGUAUUUGGCUUUCAACGCACAGUAAAACUCUCAUUUUCAACAUAUACAGGGUGAGGCAUAAAGGAUGAAUGGUUUCCAAAUGAACAAUACAUAGUUAUUCAACACUGUGCAACAUGCCUCUGUCUAUUUCGACGAUUUCCAAACAAACGGCUUCCUUCAAUUCUCAAACUGUACGUGGUUUAUACCCAUACACACAUGAUUUGAGGUAACCCCCACAAAAAGUAGUCGCACAUGGAUAGGUCAGGAAAACGAGGAGGCCAAUGAAUUUCCCCGGCCCGGGAAAUAACUCUACCAUGAAAAAUAGUCUUCCAUAGUCAAACUUGCCAUGUGAGCUGUAGCUCCAUCCUGCUGAAACCACACUCGCCAAAUAGGAAUAAGUUUUCUUCUUAAUUCAGGUAGGAAGAAUUCGGUGAUCAUCUCUCUAUAUCGUUCAGAGAUUAGGGUUACAGUGUUCCCGUACUCGUCUUGGAAAAAGUAUGGACCAAUAACAUCUGUAUCUGUCGCAGCACACCAAACAGUCGCCUUGGGACUAUGUAAUGGUUUCUCAUGCAGUAGUUUUGGCCUUUCACUGGCCCAAUAACAACAGUUGUGCUGAUUUAUCAUUCCAUUGAAAUGGAAAUGAGCUUUACCACUCCUAAGCGAAAUAAUGUUAUCAUUUUAUUCAAAUAUGUCCUCCAUUUCUCGGGAAAAAUUUAGCCUCUGUUCAUAAUCUCUUGAGUUUAAUUUUUGCAUAAUGGCUAUUUUGUAGGGAUGAAAUUUCAGGUUAGUAUGCAAAAUACGCCUUAAUGAGGCGUAGCUCAGCCAAAUGUCUUCUAGCAGAUUGACCAGGACUCUGGGAGUAUGGCUUGCCGAACUCUUACUCAUGCUGCACUGCAAUGAUAGACUCACUAUUACACACACAACUAUCGUAGCUAAACACACGAUGUUGCACGUCCACGGCUCCAUGAUCUUGACUAAACAAAAUGGCACAAUCUACCAAUCACAUUACCACAUCACUCGUCCCACUCCGACCGCCGAGCGUGAAUACUAGCUGUUCUAAAAAUGUCUGUCCUUUCUGCCUAAACCUACACAUCUCUAUAGUUCCUCUAGGCAUGUCAAAUAUCUGUUCUUAAUAUUAAUGAGAGCCAGAGCUAACACUAAUUUUUUUGAAAUGGUUAAAUUGUCCCAUUCGUAAAGAGAUUCAAACUUAAUGUCAUACCUCAAAAACUACUGAACUUGGAGCAAAACUUUUUCUUUGUUAGUUACCAAAAUAUAUCUCACUUGACAAAGAACCUGAGAAAACAGGAUAUACACACAUUACAUUUAACGUUAUCAGGAUAGGGCACUGAUAUUCCCCUUAAAUACUGAAACUGCAUAAAACAACAGUUUUCAGAAGCUUGCAAAUAGGAAACAAGGUGUAAUUAACAACUUUGGGAAGAUCUACAUCUAGAUGUAGCACUUCCCAAAGUUGUUCAUUACAUCUCGUUUCCUAUUUGCAAGCUUCUGAAAACUGUGGUUUUAUGCAGUUUCAGUAUUAAAGGGGAAUAUCAGUGCCCUUUGCAGAUAAUGUAAUGUGUGUAUAUAUCCUGUUUUCUCAGUAACUAUCCAAGGUUAUGCAACAAAACUUUUUUAUGAUGUACAGUCAUAUACAUUCCUUCAUCUGCUAUCAAGUAUCUAACAUUGUUGGGAAUCAAAAUAUGAAUUUCUUACUGAAGGUCUUGAAAAAGGUAUGUAAUUUUUAAAAAUACAGGUAUCAAAAAGAAUCAUCCAAUUUGGCACGUGUUAUGUUUCUGAAACUAAUAAACACAUACAAUGAGUUUUGUUUUUUGGUGAACAGGAAACUCAAACUUUUUUAUACGUUUUCAUAGGUGUUAUGUAUGCCACUUUAAAGAUGCACGGUGUCAGCGACCAUGUCUUGAGUUACAGCUUCCACAGCUGCUGUUAUGCAUUGUCUCAGUUCAUUCAUUGUUGUUGGUAAUGGAGGCACAUUAACAAACUCUUUUAUAAACCCCAGCAAGAAAUAAUCAGUCAGUCAGAUCUGGGGACCUUGAAGGCCAGUAAUUAAAAGCUGAAUCAUUUGGUCCAGUGUGACCGAUCCAUCACUCAGUAAUCCUUUGAUUUAAAAGUUCCCGCACUUCCAGAUGCCAGCCAGAAAUGGAAUAAUGGAAACUGAAAUCGAAAUGUACUGUUCUGAAGAGAGGAGAGCUUCAUUAUCAGUUCCAAUAUUUUUAAAUAUUGAUACACAACACUGUUGAAUUUCACACCGAUACUGUUGGUAAAUGAUGUCAUUCGAAUCAGUCUCCAACUGUGGGAAAAGAAAGUUCUCAGGCAUAUCGAGAUAUGAGCUUCCUGUAACAGUGUUUUCGGCCAAGAAAAAUGGACCGUACACCUUUUCCCGUGAAACUGCA